CCCACCCAACCCAACCCAACCCAAAAACUAUGGAUUUAUCGGAUUUGAGUCAUACGGGUUUUGAGUUAUAAAAAUUUCAACCGAUUUUUUAUUUUUCAGGCGAGUUCUGAUCGAGUCGUAAUUUUUCGCAUCAAUAAUGGGUAAUUUAUGAAAUCCAUCCAAAACAGUUCAAUAAAAUCCAUCUCAUUAUGAUGUAGGGUGAAUUUAAUCGGUUUGUAUGGACUGUUUCUUGUCAUAGUUAGAGAAUUCCCAAAAUAAGGAGUCCGAAAAUAUUUUGCUCUGGUAUGCAAUAAUGAUUUUAGUUGCGGUCAAUAAUCAUAAGUUAAAUCAAAGUUAAUUUUGCAAAAACGGUAAGCAAAGCUACAACUUUGAUCGAAUUUAGGAUCCGUCCAAAAUAAUUUUAAGAAAAUCCAAAUAUAGAAUACUAUUACCCACAUUUCUCAUUCUAUCAAAUUAUCAAAUGGAUUCGUCCAAAAACAAAAAAAAAAAUUGGAGUGAUUUUGUAACAUCCUAGCUCGGUCGAACACUACUUUUAUUAAAAUACCCUUAAUAAAUACUUAGCAUUAAAUACUUUGAAGAGAAGCGGAAAUAUAACAUAUUAAAUAAUACUUCAAAUAUGAACAAUCAUGAAAUACUUGUCUUAAUAAACAUCUUUCAUAAAACCGCAUCAAGUCUCUCGUCCUACUAAGGUAUACCCAAAGUUAACGUCUUCCUGUUGGAGUCCUCUAGAGCCAUUGAUCCUUGUCAGGAGCUGCUGAAUUUCUGAGCGUUCUUAUGGAGCUUCUACGAUCCCUGCAAAUGCGGUCGAUGGGGUCAGUCCAAAUUCUAAUUUCGUUGUCAGACUUAAGAGCAUAAUAUGCACAUGUGAUGCUUAUGAUACGUUAUUGGGUACAUUACUGUUAGUAUAUUAUUAUUAUUAUUAUUAUUAUUAUUAUUAUUAUUAUUAUUAUUAUUAUUAUUAUUAUCAUAUUCUCACUUAUACUCUUUUCUCCUUACUUAACUUGAAAUGGGAUCCCGCCCUCGACUUAACUAACACAAGCGUCUGGCACCAUCGUACAUGAACAUAUAUAACCUCCUCAUCUACAAGGAGUAACAUAACAUACCUCCCCAUCUACAGGGAGUAAUAGUGACCACUUCCGGCACCGAUCAUGACAUACAUAUCAUGAGCCCUCAUCUACAAGUAGGGUUGGUAAUCGGUGGGUUACCGGUUAACCGGUAAUCGGUUCCAGUUAACGGUAUACAGGAUUAGGGAAAACCACUGCCGACUGCUGGUACCGAAAAAUAGACGGUUUACCGUUUAUCGAAUAGCCGGUUACCGGUAACGAACCCGGUAACUCGAUAACCCUGGCAAUGAUGAAUUUUUCCCAGCGGCGAGUGAUCAUUAUCAUGUCCCGGCCGCGGCUCCGAAACUGAAAUCGAGAGUGAAAAGAGAUUUGGCCUCGAGAUGAAGAGAGCGUCACCGCGCAAGGGAGUUGCAUGGCACUGGAUAUGGAUUCGAGAGGGAGAGCGAGUCACCGGCGGUGUAUCCCGUAUCUGGAUCAAAAAUCGAGAGGGACUAAGCCCCGCCGCGCAAGGGAGAUAGCAUGUCGCCGGAUCUAGCCUCGAGAGGUAGAGAGAGCCGCCACGUGAAGAGUUUGCAUGGCAUCCGAUCUGGAAUCGAGAGGCAGAUCGAGAGCGACUCGUCGUAUUUUCCCAUAAAAUCUAGAAUUGGGUUCUGGGUUCUCCACAGCAGCGACGGCGAAGGUGGCAGAGGAGUGGAGAAAGGCGGUGGUUGGGUGAGCACAAACGAGCCGACGAAGAACACAGCUCUUUCAGUUUCAACAGCUAUUUCCAGAUCUGGCGACGUAUCGGACACCCUCUGAGAUGACGAAUCGGCGACGACGUGGUCUAGGUCAACGAAUCGAGAAAGAGAGGAGGAGGGGUUUCAUCUGUUUAUGGGUUUGAAGAGAAUUGUUUCUCGAUGGAGAUGGAGAGAGAGGAGAGAACAUAGGAGAGGACGGAAGGCAUUAAACUGAUGGAAAAAUUUGUUUUUGAUUAUAUAUUGUAUAUGCAUUAAACUGAUUAAUCGCAGAUUAUUAACCGGGUCUUGUUCGGUAUACCAUCAGCUUUGUUACCCCUAUCGAAUACCGUAACCGCCCGGUUAACGGUUAACAAGUAAUCGCCUGUUACUGGUACGGUUACCGGUUAAACCGUUAACCAGAUAACCAUUUACCAGCCCUAUCUACAAGGUGCUCCUCAUCUACAAGGAGUAAGGUGGCCGCGUGAGACUAGUUAAGGGAGGGUUCUUAUUUUUACUUAUUAACUUGAUAUUUUAUACGUACUUGCUUGAACAACCUCUCAUACCAUGGAGAGACAUACUUAAUUUUGUACUUGCUUACUUGACUUAAGAAGUUGAGCUUACUUAGCUGAUCUCCCGUACAAUGGGAAGAUAUAAGCUUAUUAAGUUGCACUUGGUUGACUCAUAACGUAGUAAAGGGUGUAGCCACAAAUUAGUUAAGGUGGGUCUAUUUAUAAAAUAUUAAUAUAUUAAUAUUGAAAAAAUUAGUUAACGUCUCCUCUCUCGCUUCAGAGUACUACUUAUAGGGGUAAUUCUGUAGUGCAGUCACUGUAGCGGUGCAGUCUACAUGCUACCGGCUAUAGCCGGUCUUUGGCUUUUUAUGUUGCCGGGGCUGUGGAAACAAGCAAAAGCAUUUUCAAUUUUUUGUAAUUUAAAAAAUUGUUCAAUACUUUACAUAAAGGUCGUGUAAUAUUUUGUUUUCAUGUUUUCCACUUUUGUUCCAUUAUUUUUCAUUAAUAUGGGCCCGUAGAAAAACAAUAAAAAUGCAGAUUUUGGUUGGAAAUCUUCAAACUAAAUAUGAUAGUAUUACUUUAAAACUUUAAAUAUUUUCAUCAUGUAUUCACAAAAUUAAGUAUAAAUUAUCCUAAAAAUUCAAAUGAGAGAAUAUAAAUUAAAGAUAUUUGAAUCGUGGUAAUUGGAGAGAGAUUAAUUUCUUACUAAUUACUCUAUUUCUCAAAAAAAUUAUAUGUAAUUUUAGCUAUAUUUAUAACUAUUACCAAUAACUAAUAACGUGGCUCCGCCACUACAUGUUAUGUUUCUUAAUUAAAAGUAGAAUAGAAUUAUUUAUUUUGAAACAAAAAAUACAAUCUCUAUAAGUUUCUAGUCUAAUGGUAUAGUCUACAAACCAUUCAUACAGUGGUUGUGAUAAAUUUAUCCAACUAAUGAUCCUUAUAGCUAAAUGAUUUAGAUAUACAUAAAGUUUUUAAUAAGAUGAAUGGAAACCGAAUACGUAAAGAAUUCCCAACAUUUAGCAACAGUUGGCUCUUGCUACUAGACCUGGCAAUCGGUUCGGGUUGGGGCCUCGGGUUAUGGGUCGGGUCAUAUUGAUUUGGUUGAUUUUGGGUCAAAUAUUGGUCCAACCCAUCAAGUUUCAAUAUUUGACUCGAAAAUACUAAAACGUGUCAAUUAACAUGUUCUCAAAUCUUCUCAUGCUUAUGUAAGAAAAAAAUCACAAGAAACACAUGAUAUUUGAUUAUCCUUAAAUUUCAAACAUGUCUUACAAAUCCUUGUGAUUUUUUUUUUAAAAAUAUCUCACCAAUUUAUAAGUGAUUUUAUCAUUUUUGAAGUGAAAUGAAAUGAUACGGGUCUAACGGGUAACCCAUCCAACCCAAAAAACACGUGUUAAUCAGGUUCGAAUCAUUCGGAUUUCGGGUUAUAAAAACUUCUAUUUUUC